AUGUCAUCCUGGUUUAGAGGCCUAGGCUCCAGCUUGGGCCACUCCUUGGGUCAGGUGGGGGAAAGCUUGGCUUCCCUCACCAGCCAUAAGUCCAAGGUCCCCAAGGAUGAGGUUCUUGAUGAAUUCGCGGACGUAGAAGCAGGUUUACCUAGUUAUUGGAGAAAGAACAUUGAAGAUACCAAAUGGAUGAUCAGAUAUGACAAUGAAAGACUUAAAAACUAUUGUGCUGACCUGGAAGAAAGGUAUGCAGCAUCUAAGCUACGCAUCCAACAUCAAUCUGCAAAUUACCGAAAUGAAGUGGCACAGAAAGAAGUCGAAAUCAGGCAACUGAAAGCAAGACAGUUUGUACUAGAGGAUGCGUUGUUGCAACUGAAGUCAGCUGCCCAACCACUGCAUUCAGGAGCUGGUGGUGUACCAUCAACCACUGCCCCGUCUUCAUUCGGUCAUGACAUCAGUCACGGUUCAGCUUUUCCCGGUGAUGACAUGGACUUCAGUGACAUCAUUUCAGCACAACAAGAAAUCAACAGACUGUCAAUUAAAGUUUUGAGACUUGAAUCCGAAGUCGACCGUUGGAGCGCUAUUGCUCAGGCACAGCAAACACAUAAUUCAGAUCAAAGUGAAAUCUGCCAACUACAAAAUACUAUUAAGCUACUUGAACAAAACCAAAAUCAAGACCUUGAUAAUCACCAAGGUGAAAUUGCAGUUUUGCAGAAUGCACAUCAACAGAAACUGGCAGAGAUGAGUCGCCGGUAUCGAAGGGAACUAAAUGACUCUGAAGAAAGAAUUAAAACUGAAAAUCAGUUACAGCAAGGUGACUCGGGAGUAACAGUAACUGAUGAGUCUAAAAUCUGUGACUUGCAAAACACGAUUCAGGUUCUACAAAAUGAAAAACAAGAGUCUGCCAGGAAGAUCAAAGAACUUGAGGAUCAACUAAAAGACAUAAAUGAACAAUUAUCUUUGGCACAAAAUGACACAGAGGUCUUGAAGAGAGAAAAAGAGCAGCUCAGUGUGGAAAAGCAACAAAUAAUGGAACAGUGUGAAACCUUGAAGCUGGAAUGGAGUCAAUUGCAGCCUUCUGUGAUGGAGCAGAAAGAUGAGGAAAUUGGGAACAUGCAGAAAACCAGUGAACAAAUAAAAGCCCAGUUGAAGGAAGACACACACAACACUCCAGCAGACAACUCUGAUAGUUUCCAAAUAACAAAAGUUAAAAGUCUUCGUAUAGAAAACGGAAGUGAAAAACACGACCUGUGUAACCAUGAAACUGUAAAAGGAGUGAAAGGAAUCCAACAACAGGAACUUGAAAUUCAACUUGUAAAUGAAAAGACUAGGAUUUUAACCAACCAGAUUGAUCAGCUGUCUGAAGAUGAAGUUGGUCAACUCACUCAAACUAUCCCUCAAAAGGCUCUUCAGGCUAAAACUUAUUCAGGAAAACUUGAUAUGAUUCCACCCCAGCUCUUGGCUGCAUCAUCACGUACCUCCCAGUCAGCAGAGGUCCAAGAGCUGAGACAGUCACUGCAUGAAAAAGAGGCUACCAUUAGGAUGCUCCAGGAAAAUAACCACAGGUUGUCUUAUGCAAUUGCUGCGGCCACAGACAGAGAAAACAAAGGACAUGAAGAAAUGGAUUCCGAAAUUAAACAGCUCAAGGAAGAACAAGAUGUGUUAAAAACUUUACUGAAGGAAAAAGACCUCUUCAUCCAAGUCCAAAGUGAUCAGGCAUUGUUAUUACAGGAACGCUUGGAGAAAGCCAACCGUGUGUUGGAUUCAGCAACCAGACCUACACGACAGUUACAUCAAAAGGAAAAACAGAUUGAACAAAGUGAGCUCCCAGGAGAAAUAUUGGACAAUGCCCAAAAGGAAUGGAUGAACUCAGAAAAUGGCACCAAAGGAAAAGUGGACAAAGCCCUAAUGAGAAACCUGUUCAUUGGGCAUUUCCAGACACCGAAAAAUCAGCAUCCCAAAGUGUUAAGGUUAAUGGGAAGCAUCCUGGGCAUUCAAAAGGAGGAAAUGGAGCAGUUGUUGAGUGGAGAUGGUGGUGGUGUUACUAAGUGGAUAACGGGAUGGCUUGCAGGAGGAUCCCAAUGUGUCCCCAACACACCUGUGACACCAAAUGAGCAACCUGGGCUGAAGAGUUCUUUUUCAGAACUUUUUGUCCAAUUUCUGGAAACAGAAUCUCAUUCAUCCAUUCCAUCACCAAAACUUUCUGCUCAUGCCAUGAAGUCUCUAGACUCCAGAGGAAGGAGAAAGGAACGUGCAAAAAUACCAAGAAGUGUGACAGACGCAGCAGAAUUCAGAGCUGGUAAAAGAGAGGCUGUGAAUGCAUUCUUGGCACCGCGUUCUGCAGCUGUGCCACUGAUUAGCCUAGAUGGACUUGGACCUGGUGGACCUGGGAAUCUCCUUUUGAAUCCCAUCACAGACUUCAUGCCCACCUUUACACCAUUGCCAGUGUUGCCGAACAAUAGUGCCAGGGUUGUACAAAAGGACCUUUGAAAGCAAUUCAAAGUGAUUCUCAAGCCAGAAAUGAGUUAG